GCAAACCUGGGCCGGAGCCCCGGGGCUCCUCAGUGCCCGCCGCGUGGUCCCCUUCCAGGGUAGCUGCUCCCGGCGCUGAGCGUUCCAGCGGCGCGACCAACCUGCUGGCGCUCUGCGCUUGCAUCCACGCCUCUCCGCGCCGCCGGCGGCUCGGCUAAUGCCGGUAGUCUUUCGGGUAGCUAGGACCCUCCAGUCUUUCCUCGGCGCUGAGAGCUUGGCCGCAGAAACUGGCACCCCGGGGUGGGCUGGAUCUGGAGAAGAUCGGCUCCUAGGAGUGGCGGGACCCGCACUUCUCACCCGGCCACCGGCCUCCAGACGGCCCUAAGACCCGCAGGGCGUUCCGGGGCUGGCAGCGGCGACCCGGGGCGCGGCGGGCGGCCGGCUGCACCUGGCGGCGGAGAGGGCGGGUCGGACGCGCCUCAGCGGCCAAGGGCGCCCGCCCCUGCCCCGCCCUCCGGGACGUCCCGUCUGACAACCCGCGAGCGGCACGGCGGCGUGGCUGCGGCUCUACCUCGGCGCGACAGGAGAAAUAAAAGCAGCAAAGACAAACCCCACUGCAGGGAACCACAAGGCAGUGCCAGAUGAGGGAGUUGGAGUGACCUGGGUAAUUCUGAGCAAAUCAGUCAGAGAAGCCUUCCUGGAGGAGCCUGAGGCCCCAAGGUGUGGUCACCACAGCAUAUCGAGCCGUUUCCAGGGCUGGGCCCAGCACUCAGAGCUGACGCAGUUGGGGUCCCCGCUGGUUCCGGAGAAUGAGGCUCCUCCGCAGACGCCACAUGCCCCUGCGCCUGGCCAUGGUGGGCAGUGCCUUUGUGCUCUUCCUCUUCAUCUUGCAAAGGGACAUGAGCAGCAGUGAGCGGGCCACGGAGAAACCAUGGCUGAAGUCCCUGGUGAGCCAGAAGGAUCACGUCCUGGACCUCAUGCUGGAGGCCGUGAACAACCUUAGGGAUUCAAUGCCCAAGCUCCAGAUCAGGGCUCCAGAACCCCAGAAGACUGUGGUCUCCACAAACCAGUCUUGCCUCCCUGGGUUCUAUACCCCAGCCGAGCUGAAACCGUUCUGGGAACGACCACCACAAGACCCCAACGGCCCCGGGGCGGAUGGGAAACCAUUUCAGAAGAGCGAGUGGACCCCCCUGGAGACCCAGGAAAAGGAGAAGGGCUACAAGAAGCACUGUUUCAAUGCCUUUGCCAGUGACCGCAUCUCCCUGCAGAGGGCACUGGGCCCAGACACCCGACCCCCUGAGUGUGUUGACCAGAAGUUCCAGCGCUGCCCCCCACUGCCCGUCACCAGCGUCAUCAUUGUGUUCCACAAUGAGGCCUGGUCCACACUGAUGCGAACGGUGUACAGCGUCCUACAUACCACCCCUGCCAUCUUGCUGAAGGAGAUCAUACUGGUGGAUGAUGCCAGCACUGAGGAGUACUUAAAGGAGCCGCUGGAUCAGUACGUGAAGCAGCUGCAGAUCGUGAGGGUGGUGCGGCAGGAGGAACGGAAGGGGUUAAUCACUGCCCGGCUGCUGGGGGCCAGCGUGGCUCAGGGAGAAGUGCUCACAUUCCUGGAUGCCCACUGCGAGUGCUUCCACAGCUGGCUGGAGCCCCUCCUGGCUCGCAUCCUCGAGGAUGAGAUGGCAGUGGUGAGCCCGGACAUCGUCACCAUCGACUUGAACACAUUCGCGUUCUCCAAACCCGUCCAGAGGGGCAGAGUCCACAGCCGCGGCAACUUUGACUGGAGCCUGAACUUUGGCUGGGAGACUCUACCUCAGCAUGAGAAGCAGAGGCGCAAGGAUGAGACUUACCCCAUCAAAUCCCCGACGUUUGCUGGUGGCCUCUUCUCCAUCUCCAAGUCCUACUUUGAACUCAUCGGUACCUAUGAUAAUCAGAUGGAGAUCUGGGGAGGGGAGAACGUGGAAAUGUCCUUCCGGGUGUGGCAGUGUGGGGGCCAGCUGGAGAUCAUCCCCUGCUCUGUGGUAGGCCACGUGUUCCGGAACAAAAGCCCCCACACUUUCCCCAAGGGCACCGAUGUCAUUUAUCGCAACCAAGUGCGCCUAGCUGAGGUCUGGAUGGAUGACUACAAGGAGAUUUUCUACCGGAGAAAUAUGCAGGCAGGAAGGAUAGUCCGACAGAAAUCCUUUGGCGACAUUUCCGAGCGAUUACAGCUAAAGGAAAAACUACACUGUCGCAACUUUUCGUGGUACCUGCAUAACGUUUACCCGGAGAUGUUUGUCCCUGACCUGAAGCCCACCUUCUAUGGAGCCAUCAAGAACCUCAGGAUCAAUAAAUGCCUGGAUGUGGGUGAGAACAACCAAGGAGGGAAGCCCCUCAUCAUGUACUCCUGCCACGGCCUCGGUGGCAACCAGUACUUUGAGUACACAACCCAGAGGGACCUUCGCCACAACAUUGCAAAGGAACUGUGUCUACAUGCCAACGCUAGUACUGUGGGCCUUAGGAGCUGUCACUUCACUGGCAAAAAUAGCCAUGUCCCCAAGGACGAGGAAUGGGAAUUGACCCAGGAGUGGCUCAUCAGGAACUCAGGAUCUGGUACCUGUCUGAUGUCCCAGUUCAAGCAACCAGCCAUGGCCCCCUGCAAUCCCAGUGACCCCAGCCAGCACUGGCUCUUCGUCUAGGCUCCGGACCAUCUCAGUGGGAACCUCCACAAGCCUCUCAGGGAACAGGAUGGCUGGUGUCUGGGAACCUGAUCCUCAGCUCCUCUGUAGGCCUUAAAGAUGGAUUUCUAAACCCAAUGAAUGUUGAGAUGGGAACUUCCUACUCCUUGCACGAUAUUGGGCCCAUUUUCUUUUCUCUACACCGGUGGAAGAGACCUAGGGCUUUCCUUCUGUCCCAGAAACAGAGGCAUCCGAAGCAGAGAAGGCAGCUGGGAGACAGCCCAGGGCAGCAGUGCUGAACUCAAGAAAAAUACCUCUAAAAAAAAAAAAAAAGAAAAAGAAAGAAAGAAAAGUACCUGCACAGUCAUGUCCCUAAC